CCCACGGUGGGUAGGCCGUUAGGUUAAGCUUCGGUGUCGCGCUUGGGCGUCGAGAUCGGUCGAGGGAGGCGCCGGGGGGGGUAGACAUGGCGGACGAGAAGGAAUCCACGUCGGUUCCUCUGAGCCAGGCAGCCGAUCCCGAAGACCCCGCCAAAGCUCCACCCACUUCCCCCAGCUCCUCUACCCGGAAGGCUUGUUGUGCUGUUCUUCAGAGCUGGGUCUCAAAGAAAUUUAUGACUGGAUGUGUAGUUCUUUUCCCCGUGGCAAUCACAUUUUAUGUUACAUGGUGGUUUAUUCAGUUUGUUGAUGGUUUCUUCAGUCCACUAUAUGACAAGCUUGGAGUUGACAUAUUUGGCCUUGGAUUCUUGACAUCUUUGGUAUUUGUUUUUCUCAUUGGAAUAUUUGUUUCAUCAUGGCUGGGUGCAACUGUUAUCUGGGUGGGAGAGUGGUUUAUAAAACGAAUGCCUUUUGUGAGGCACAUUUAUUCAGCAUCGAAGCAGAUCAGCACUGCCAUUUCUCCUGACCAAAAUACCACAGCUUUUAAAGAGGUUGCAAUUAUCCGUCAUCCACGUGUUGGCGAGUAUGCAUUUGGCUUUAUUACAUCAUCAGUGGUCCUUCAGACUGACAAAGGUGAUGAAGAAUUAUGUAGUGUAUAUGUUCCAACCAAUCAUUUAUAUAUUGGUGAUAUAUUCUUGGUCAAUUCUGAAGAAAUCAUCAGACCCAACUUGUCUGUUCGGGAAGGCAUAGAGAUUAUUGUUUCUGGGGGUAUGACAAUGCCACAGUUGAUUACACCUCUAGAAAGGAUUCCACGGAAGAACCAGAGCAUUCGGUUAAACAGAAUAACAUAACAAAGGUGAUGUGUCUCGGAGGUCAUAUUCUGCUGCUGCUGCUGCUGCUGCUGCUAUAUGUUUGCUUUGCUGCUUGGAAGGCAAUUCUCUUAAAGUUACGUCCAUGUUUCAGGUUAGCGGGAUAUGUAGAACUGGCUCGAGUAUCUUCAGUGUUUUGCCCAUGUUGUUGACCUUGCUUACCUCUUAUUGAAUGGUUUAUUAGUUGUUGUACAUUGAUGAGCCAGACUGAGUGCACCAGGAAUACAAAGGAGGGUAGCAGCUUCACUGUGCUUUUUAGGGGAUUAAAUGGGAUGCUAUGUGCAAGUUGGUUGAAAUCUAAGGGUGUUUGUGCAGUUAUAGAAAAUAUAGUUUACAUACAUAUGUUUAGGGUGCCGUGAGAGAACAUAUUGACAAACAAGUCCCUAUAUCGUGUACUCUGGGCAACGCUGCCUCCUCGUUAGAUGUUUCCUUACAACGAGUUCACUGCUUGCUUGUUCUGCUCU